AUGUCAAGCUGUGAUACAUCCCACGCAGCAACUCUUGACAUCGAAAAUACCACGAUGACUGAGCGUACACCUCUGCUGUUAGUUCCGGCGAACACAUACACAGCUGUUUCAGAGGAAGAUUCUCAAGAAGAUACUGAUGUUUUGUUCCCAAUAAUAAGCAAAGUCGUUAGUGUUGGUGCAUUAGGAGUAGAGUCUCGGUCUCUCCCGGUUCUGGGCAUUAAUUUAGAUUCAGAGGAUGGACUGAAUCUAAAGGAGGAUGACGUAUCAACGUUAAAUGGAACUGCUUUUCAUGGUGGAAUAUCAAAACGAAAGUUUUGGAUUAUCUUUACAGGGAUUCUUAUUGCCAAUUUUGUGGCGGCCGCCGACUCGACAAUAAUGGCCUCAACACAUACAUCAAUAACAUCUGCGUUUAAUUCUUCGAAUGCUGCCUCCUGGCUAUCGACAUCCUUCAUGCUAACGUCGACAUCAUUCCAGCCACUAUAUGGCCGGAUAUCUGAUACUAUUGGAAGAAAAAUCCCAUUCGUAUUUUCGUGCUUUGUGUUCACAGUCGCUACCGCAUGGUGUGCACUAGCUGGAAGUAUGGGAAGCUUUAUUGCUGCUAGAGCAGUAUGCGGUAUUGGUGCCGGGGGGAUGUUGACAAUGGGCGCUAUUGUCUUAAGUGAUAUCUUACCAAUUGAAAUCAGAGGAAACUACCAGAGCAUUAAUAAUCUCGCAUAUGGAACGGGCUCAGCGUAA